AUGUCUGCUUUAGACCCCGAUGAGGGGAAAAACACAGAUGAUUUAAGUCUUGAUACAGCUAAAUCUCUCGAUUCGAAUAAAUCGAGCGUCUUCUUCGUUAGAGACGCGCUAAGUGUAAUGGUGGCUUAUGCAAAUUUCGACAUGUCAGACCACGAGAUCCCGGAGGGGCGACCGUCGGUCGUCUCGCACCCGGCACCUGUGGGAAAUGGGUUAGGGUUGUCGCAUCAGGAACGGGUGCGACGUAAGACGCGAGUUCGUGAAGUAAGAAUGAGGUAUGCUAGUUGGAAUGUAGGGACGAUGACUGGAAGAACAAGAGAAAUAGCGGAUGUAUGUAAGAAACGAAGGAUAAAUGUGGCAUGUUUGCAAGAGACGAAAUGGAAAGGAACACGAGGUAGAGAGAUUGGUGAAGGAUAUAAAUUCUUAUAUAGUGGGAGUGAUGGAAGAAAGAAUGGAGUUGGGAUUGUGCUAGAUAGUGAGUUGAAAAAAUAUGUGACGGAUGUAAGACGAGUGAAUGAUAGGCUGAUGCUAGUGAAAUUAAUAAAAGAUGAUUUGAUUAUUAAUGUUGUUAGUGCAUAUGCCCCACAAUCUGGAUGUGAUAGAAGUAUGAAAGAGAAGUUUUGGGUUGAGUUUGACUUGCUGAUGAUGGAUAUUCCUGACUCAGAAGAGAUAUAUGUGGGUGCAGACUUCAAUGGGCAUGUAGGACAAAGGAAUGAUAGAUAUGAAAGAGUGCAUGGAGGAUAUGGGUUUGGUACUAGAAAUGAGGAAGGUGAAAUGUUGUUGGAAGCUGCUUUGGCGUUUGAUCUAGCAAUAGCUAACACAUUUUUCACUAAACGCAAGGAACAUCUUAUAACAUACAAAAGUGGAAACUGCAACACCCAGGUGGAUUAUUUUUUGAUCCGACGACAUAAAAUUACUUCUGUUAAAAACUGCAAAAUUAUCCCGGGUGAAUCCUUAGCUCCUCAACACCGUUUAUUAGUAUUGGACUCUAAGCAUUACAUACGCAAACAAACAAGCAAUUCCAAACCGGUCCCGAGAAUAAAAUGGCAUAUGAUUGGGAACACAGAAUGUGGUGAAAAAUUUAGAAAACAAGUAGUAGAUAANUGA